AUGGUGCCGCCGCCGCCGCUCUCCGGCUCGGCUCCGGCCGCGGCUCGGGCUCCGCCGCGCUGCCUCUGGGGCGACCUAAGGCGGAAGAGCGCGAGCCCGGGGCGGAGCUCCCCGAGCGGGGUGGGGUGGGGCGGGGGCGGGGGCGGGGGCGGGCGGAGUGCCUUGGCGGAGGGGCCCGGCGGGAACAAACAGCCGCCGCGGCGGGAGCGCGGCUCCGGUGGCCGGAGGCUGGUCCUCCUCUUCCCGCAGAGCCCGCAACCCCUCCGCUCCCUGGACCCACUGCUUUCAGCGCGCUCAGCCCUGGAUGUUAAGUUUCACGCGGGCGCCAGCCGGAGCUGGGAGCAGCAGCGACAGCCCCCACCCAUCAUCUCCCCCAGGCAGCGCCAGGGCCACCAAGGCCGAAGCGCAGUUGGCGCGCCAACGGAGCCUGGGACGCCCGGACCGACGCCGCCGGAGCGGGGCCCCAAGGAGCCCGAGCGGCUUCCGGCCCAAGGGGAGACGCACUUGAGUGAUCGCGAGGAGCACACUUGGCGUUCUCAGCCUCGGGCCUGGGAGAGAUCUUGGCCUGCUCAAAAGCGAUCGGCUCUCUUGGCCCUGAGUGCGAGGCGGGAGACUCCAGAUCGUGUGACCUGCAGGGGCGAACUGCAGGCGGCGGGGGUCCCCACACACAGGAGUUCAGGGAGAGAGGCCGGCCUCUGCGAGCACAGAAACGGCGGGGCCUCCGGCGUGUGCUCUUUCACCCCCAGGCGCCGGCUCAGGGCUCGGAGCCUCUGCGGCCCCCCACACCUCGGGUACCUACUCCAUCUCUUGGAGGAAAAGUCUUUCUCUUCUUCCAGUGUGCACGGCCACCGUCCCCGGGCUCCGUGGUGGAGGCUGGUGGCAGCACCCCCUCCGGCCCCAGCCCUGCGCGGCAGCUGGCCCAGGGCGCCGCGGAGCCUGUGCACUCUCGUUCUUUCGCGGGAAGAGGGUUGCGGGCUCAGGAAAGGGUGAAAACACGGCGGCUCCCAAACCGCCCGACCUGGGGUGCUGGCUUUGCAGCGACCGGGGCAGGGCAGGCCCCACAUGCUUAGAUGUGCCGCCGGACCAGGGGAGUAGGGGACGCUUCCAGGGGUAUUGGAGCGUGGGCCUCAGGUCAGAGUGCCCUGUGUCUACGUGCGUGAGGGUUGCCGCGCCCGCGUGCGUGUGUCUGCCCCUCCAGACGACGAUGGCUUUUCGUGCCCCAGCACCUCGUCCCUGAGCGACCGGCGCCGGUGCCGAGUUCUCGCUUCCCGACCGCACAUGCCGGGGACCGCCCUGGAAGGCUCGCCAGCCAGGCCCGCAGCUCCACCUCGGGGCCUGAAGGGCUGCGACCUGGUCGGGGGCCACAGACCCACUCCGGGCCGCAGCGUGACCCCGGCCGGGAAAGGAGAUGUGAGAGUGCGAGCCUGGGCAGGGGCUGGGACUGUGGCGAGGAGAGGGAGGAGAGGGUGCAGGGGCCUCGUGCGGAGAGCCAGGAGGACUGCAGCGGCCGCCUCCUUCCUACCCGUUCCUCGCCGCCUGCGAGGGCAGCAGUGUCUCGGGAAGCGGGAACCGGACGGCCUUUCGCAACCUGGGAUUGGGGCGGGGAGGGUGGGAGGGGUGUGCAGAGCCGUCCGAAUUCGGUGCCCUACCCUCUGCAUACGGACGCACACGCACGGCGUCACGGUUAGCCUUUCGCAGCCCCAGGCAGGGUAACUGGUGAGGCCGUAAGCCCCCGCGCGGCCGGGGAAAUAUUGCCGGGCCUGAGCCCUCGGGAGCUGCCGCGGAGCCGCAGAAGCUUCGCAGAAGCCGAGCGAGGACACCAGCCGCAGUCCCGGCCCUGCCGCGCGGGCGCUGGCGACGGAUUCCUGGGAAACAGCGCCCUCUGGAGGAUCCGCGCAGCCACGCAACGAGGCGGGAACUGGACGACCGGGUCUGGGACCAAAGCGCCCCUUCCCCACCCCACUCCUUUGGCAAAGUCACCCAGAGACUCAUAACCUCCAGACUCCUCUUUGCGCAUGCUUGCUUCCUUUCCCAGCCCGUACCCAGGCUUCAAAUCCUGGCUCACAUCCUGCCUUCUCCAGAAAGAAGCCUUCUUGAGAGCCCAGUUUAUCUUCCCCGCUUGCCCUGAGCUCCUCAGAACCUAACGCCUGAAACGUCGACUCCAGCAUUACACUGCACUACAUGACCCACCCGCUUCCUGCCUCCCCUUCUCCAGAGAAACCGUUAGUCCAUCCACUCCACCCACCUUUGCAUUCCAUGCUGGAUGUGCUGUUUUUCUCCCCACCCCACCCCACCAGUAAAUAAAGGAUGAAAUCAUUUAUCCCAGAA